CUGAGUGUUGCGCCGCCCGGGGCUCUAACGGUAGGGCAGCUGCGGGAAGUCCACCGCAAGUAUUUUGAGCCGCGUUGGCGCGAUCACAACUGCUUUCGCUCACCUGGGCCAUUGCAGUACGGAACGCAAGAGGAUCUAUCUGCUCACCCACGUGGUGAAGAGGAUCCGCAGCAGCUCCCCUUUACAUUGCUCUCGCAGACGCUCUCCGCAACGGAACUUGCCGCGGCGAUUCAGAGCGAUGCAGAGGAAUUCUUGGCACAGAGUGAAGAAGGCAACGAUUCAAAAGAACAAUGUGAGAUGAGAGAAGUCCCGGGUGUGUCCCAGCAAGGAGACGAGGUGAAGCGCAUGGGUGCGAGUGGGUAUCGCUUGGCAGUGAGGCCUUUGCAACCUACUUUGGGAAUCGCUCCAGAACCGUCCACGAGCACUGACGGCGUCCUUGAUGACAAGACCAGGGAGCAGAUAGAAGCCAGGAGUCCGCAGCGACAAGACACGGCGGCGUCUGCUGAAUCCGGCGGUAGCGUCGCCCGGUUUCGUUGGAACGGUGGCGCAUAUGGAAUCGAAGAAGUAGGCUGGAGGCGAAGCCGGUAUGUAGUGGGUGUGCGCUCUAGAGCUGACGACGCUUCAUCUGGCAUCCCUUUCUCCGAACGGAUCCCUGCGAACCGCCCGCUGAACUCUGCAAAACAAGUUGGGCUGUUGCCGUCAUCGCUUCUUCAGGGUGGUUCUGUUGACACCGCCUUACCAUCUAAGUUCUCGGGGCGUCUGUGUGAGAGCAGCGCAUUCAACCGAUUUUACGUCACCAUCCGGGGUUACGAGUGCCUCAGUGCACUUGAGAGGCAGCGGAUAGAGUACGAACCGCGCCUUCCAGACGUUCUGAAGCAACCCUUGCAAGUGACGGACGAGGACAUGACAGCCAGAAUGUGCCUCGACAGUAUGGCUUCAGUCUUUCCGCGAACCGCCAACUUACAAGCCAUUCAGCUGCGACCCCUGAAACAACCUUUAGCCUACGACGUGGCAGAGGCCCCGCUGCUUGCGAAAGCGCAGGGGGAUGAAACUCUUAAGGCCUUCCUGACGACGACGAGCACGGGUAAUUAAAAAGAUCGAAAUUAUUCCACCACAAUUCUGUCGUGAUAUGAUGCUUCGCAAGAACUACCCAUAAAGCACGAGUAUCUUUUCUUCUUACUAACUUCUUUAAGAUGUUUAUUUCUUCAGACAUACACGACUGGACUUGACAGAAUCGUGAGUCUGUUUGCAGCACAAUUUUGAGAGAUGCAAAUGCAGCGCUUUUCUCUUUCAUUUUCAAGGACCUGGAUGAUUUGGUUGCGCUAGACAACCUUAUACAGGGUGCCCUGGAUUCCGAAAUGUGGAACGACGAGACGAGAGCAGCAGCGGCGCGCAUGCUUGCAGCAUCAGCGGCCGCGGAAGACGACAGCCUUGCCAAUUUGCUAGCGCUCAACGUUUCUAGGCCCGUUCCCUCCAGCGCUUGCACGGAGAGGACCGAUGAGGGAAGCCGAUCCGGUGUUCCGCUGCUGCACCUAAUAGGAAACAGCUUAUGCUUCGUUAGCGAAUUAUUAUAGUAAUAGUUGUUGUGCCAGGGCCUUCGCUGAGGCUCUGAAACAUAAUACCUGCUCCUGGAAGAAUUUUCCGUGCUUCUUUUUGUUGUGCUGGGUAGGUCAACAUCAAUCCUUUCUUAUCGUUGUCACGUUUACAUUCAAUAGAUAGCAUCUGAAUCAAGAUAUUACUAGACUUAAGCGCCCGGCAGCACUCAUCCCACUAGAAUCCUCCACCCUCUGCACGCACUUCCCCCGCCAUUGCGUGGCCUCGCUUGCCCGGCCCCUUCCCUACGCGGCCACUGUCUGGCGGAGUUGAUCGGUGGAACACAAGAGUCGGGCCCUUGGCGGCCUGCGGCUAUUGAAAAGGCACGCCUGGAAAUGGUAAGCCUGGGAGCUUGUUGGUCUUCUGUUAGGUUUGGCACCUUUGCGGAAGGCUGAAGCGUUUAUUAAGGGUAGGCUAAAGGUGCUUCUGUUACCGCUUGUUAUGGCUCUCCUAAGCUAAGGCUAAGGGGGACAGCCACAACAAGCGGGAUAAACGAACACCAAAAGCCUACCUCUAAGUUUAUAACUUUCAAACUUUUAGAAUCCGCCGACUUUGAAGAAACUUACCUUCGCGCUCAGUUUUUUUUUAAAUAUAUUUAUAUUGUUUUCGAUAAUCAAAAACUUUGCCAUUUUCGCGCUUUCAAGUUUGGGCCUUCGGUUUUUGCUCAUUUUAUCGCACGCUGUAGCGCGCGCUGUAGCGUUGUAGGCUUCACGCUGAAGGCUUGAAGCCUCAAGGCGAUGGAAGACUUUGAGUCCAAUCCUUUUAGAAUUUAUCUUCCUUCGAUAAAAUCAAAGACUUCGUUAUUUUCGGGGUUUCAAGUUUAGGUCUUGCUUCAGUCUAAAACCUUUCAAAGCUCCAAAGCUUUUAACUUUGUCGCCAACAAAAUACGUACUUAAGUUUAAGCGCCACCUUUAAAAUUUAUCUCCCUUUGAUAAGAUCAAAAGCCUUGCUAUUUUCGCGCUUUCAAAUUUAGGGCGUCAACUCUUUCCAAAGUCCCAAAGUUUUUAACUUUAUCGCCAACAGGAUAAACCUAAGCGCCAGGGUGGCGCGUUGUAGGCGUCAGGCUGAAGGUUGGAAGUUCAUAAGUUUAAGUUCAUAAGUAGCUCGCAACUAGUUCUGAAGUAGUUCGUAAGUAGUCCAUAAGUAGCUCAUAAGUAGUUCCUAAGUAGUUCGUAACCGUAAGUAGCUCGCAGGUGGCUCAUAAUUAGUAGCUAAGUGGUUCAUAAGUAGUUCGUAAGCAGUUCGUAAGUAGUUCGUAAGUAGGUCAUAAGUGGUUCGCAAGUAGUUCGUAAGUAGUUCGUAGGUAGUUCGUAGGUAGUUCGGAAGUAGUUCGGAAGUAGUUCGGAAGUAGUCCAUAAGUAGUCCAUAAGCAGAGCAUAAAUAGCGCCUAAGUUCAGAAGUUCCUAAGUUCGUGAGUUCCUAAGCUCGUGAGUUCAUGGGUUCGGGGUUCGGAAGUGGAGGCGUGAGGGUUUACGGCUCGGAAGUGGGAGAGUGAGAGCCUGGGGCGCGGAAGUGGAAGAGUGAGAGUUUGGGGCUCGGAAGUGGAAGAGUGUGAGUUUCUGGGGGUCGUUGUUGGUUUUUAAUGUAGCUCUUUAAUUAUAUUGUAAGUUCUUGUAGCAUUUUUAGAACUACAAGAAAAUAAAGGCACGUUUGUGAUUUCAGCUUGAGCGUUCUGUUUCUGUCUCUUUCAUUCGUCGAGGGCGGGGCAGCAGCACGAAGCGCUUUGCAGAAGGCGAGUGGGAGCGAGGAAAGUACGGCGGAAGAUGGAGCACGCAAGGGAAGUUUUUCAGGCGUGAAGACCGGUCUGGUUGUGCAUCAAACUCAGACUCGACCUGACAAUACUACUGACUCGCGACCUGCAAACCAGCAAGAUAGCUCCCACAAGAUGCCAGGUCUUCCGAUAAGCAUCAGCCGCGAAUCCAUGGGUACGCAUAUUCAAUCGGAGCGUGGUUUGCCAACAAGCG